AUGACUGCACUCUGUUUUACUCAAAUGUCUGUAAAUGAGUAUAGAGACACUAAGAGCGCAAGUGUUGAAGCUCUACAACAUUCAAAAACGCUACAAGAAACGGGACCGACGGAUAAAGGAUUGAUUCUGCCGAGUCAGGCCGAUAUAUAA